AUGGAUCUUCAGAGAUUAAAAUCAAAGCUCGAUGACGACGUGGAUAGGCUUGAAAGUAAAUUGCUCGGAAAGAAACCAUGGUUUUUGCAUGGCGAAGUUUCCGCAAAGGACAGGUCUGAAAAUGCACUUCUGGCUGAGCACUUUGAAGUUCAACGCAACGCCAUAUUCAAACCCGAGCCUAUGGAAUCAAAAUUAAUAUUUGAUCUUCUGGCAAUUAAAAUUAAGCAACAAUCAUUUAAUGGACCUGAGCCAAGGGUUAAAUCGCAAAUUAAAACUAAGCCUGUAUCUAACCAGUUUACCGAUACAACUAAGAGAUCUCUUGUUGAGGAGUAUGAGAAUCUCUAUGUAAAGGCUAAAGCAUUGGAGGCAUCCCAGGAAGAUCCGGAAAAAGAACAACUGCGUCUUGAUAUUGUCGGUCUAUUUGACAACCUUGACGCCCUAUCGAAUAUGCACUUUGUUCCAAAGAAGCGUGUGGAUGGUUAUAACAUUCUGACGAACAAGCAGUCCAUAGCUCUCGAGGAGGCUGGACCCACAGCAUUGGCAGAAGCCGACCUUCUUGCUCCCGAAGAGAUCCUCGAACCCCGAGGGGAGCCCCUGAAAGGAGCUUCAGAGAUCACCUCCACAGACAAGCGCCGUCAUAGAAAGAAGCUUAUGCGUGUCCGAGCGGGUAGACGUAAGCUGCGAGCUGCUCUGGCUAUUAAAACUAAUGAUCAAAAGGCUGCUCUCGAGAAAGUUGUUAAAUUGGCCCACAAACCCGGAUCUAACGUCAAAAUUGUUUGA